AUGGACGACCCCGCGCUCGCGUGCGGGACCGCCGCGCCGCCGCGCGCGAACGGCGCGACGCGCGCGAGCGUCGUCGAGCGCGGGUCCUUCGAAGACGUCGGCGCGAGGUGCGACGCCGUCGACGUGCUACGAACGACCUCCCGAACUCUAAGAUCCGCCAAAGGUCGCCACCGAACUCUAAGAUCCGCCAAAGGUCGCCAGUGGUCUAAGAACGACCAUCCCGUCCUCGCUCCCGACCGACGCGCCCCGCCCCUCCCCCUCCUCUCCUCCUCCGCCGUCAGGUACGCCGCGGCGCAGUGGCCCUGCCGGAAGAACGAGGACCGCGUGCACGUCUCCGGCGCGAUCCCGGGGCUGUGCGACGCGGUCGUGCAGCUCUACGACUCGCACGGCGGAAAGUACGCGGGUCAGGCGCGUUCUAUCCCGUCUCACGCUGGUCCCCAUACGACCGCGCCGCGUCGGCGGGGUGAACGCCGUUCCUUGAGACUUUUCUUCCCGGCGCAUCUCUCCGCCCAGGGUCCCUCGCUUUCAAUCCCGACGCGCCUCGACGCCUUUCGACGCCAACCGACGCCUUUCAACUCCACCCGGACAUCGUUCGCUCGCAUGGAAUCCAUGGACCCCCAGUUCUGCGUCGACCAGCUCGUGCCCGCCAUCGAGGAGGCCUUCUUCUCCGCGCCGAGCCACACCAGGUUCGCGCGCGACCGCGACGCGCUCCUCGCGCCAGAGUUCCUCGACAAGCACGGGUUCCAUCGCGGGUUCGACGACGCCGUCGUCCGCGCGUUCGCGCGCGUGGACGAGGAGAAAAACGCCGACGGGGACGUGUGCGUCAAGAUCGCGUGGUGCGGGGACUCCAGGGCAGUCAUCGCGCGCGAUCACGAUCUCGCGCGUAUCCUCGACCUGACCAGAGACCACAAGCCCGAGGAUGAGUCGGAGCAGCGGCGCAUAGAGUCGCACUACCGACGCAUCGCGGGCGACGAUUCGUACGGACGCUCGCACGCGUACUCGCCGAGCCCGGAGGCGAGUACGCGAGCGGGGACGCGGGGGAUGCCCGCGGUGGAGGUGAAGAUCGGGCACAGGGAUCUGUUCGCGUCGUUCGAAGCGAAUAGAGAAGAGAAGGAGGAGACGGACGAGAAAUCGAAAUCAUUUCGACGGCAAGACAGCGCCGGUGAGAUCGUCGACGAGCCGCCGACGACGACGACGCGGGCGCGAACGCGCGCGCAAACGCAAACGCGGCGGGCGAGCGCGGUCGAGAUCACGGACGUCGUCCUCGCGGAGAUGCGCGCGAGCGCGAGCACGCCGUCGCUCGAGGUGAUCGAGCGAGAGGGCGAGAGCGAGCGCGGCGCGACGACGCCGAGCGAGACGCCGCGGACGUCGCUCACGACGUUUUUACGGCGCGCGGAGCGAUUCCCGGACGAGCUGAACGACGCUUCGCAGGAAGAGGAAGAGGAAGAGGAGGAGGGAGAAGCGCGCGACGUCGCGGCCGCGCUCCCCGCGCACGCGCACCCCGCGUUCGACCGCAGCCGGAGCGGCAAGCACGGCGCGCACGGCGCGGGGACGCAGAUGUCCUUCGUGGGGUGUUACGUCGACGCCGCCGGGAAGUCGCUGUCGAGAGAACGCGUCUUCUCGUCCUCCGGGGACUCGCACGGGGUGUCGCGGAGCAUCGGCGACCGCGGCGCCGCGCGCGCGUGCGUCUCUGCGCCGGAGAUCAACAACGUGCGGAUACCGAGCGGGAAGGGCGCGCGGAUCGUCGUCGCGUCGGACGGGGUGUGGGAUUGCUUCGCGUCGGCGGCGGCGAUGAAAAAGGCGCGUUCGUUCUCCUCACACUGGUUCCCAUACGACCCCGUCGGCGUGGUGAACGCCGUUUCUUAA